CCAUAUAAGCUCCAAGUCUGGGAUAGGGGGACACAUUGCAGUUGUUAAGCCUUUAGAUACUUUUUUGAGUGGGACGUGGUACCAGAUCUAUCGGGCAAAAGGACUGUUGCAUGCUUGUCUCAGUGUACAAGAAGGGUCGUCUACUUUUUCUUGUUUGCUACUACAGACCCAGUUAUGUGCUUGGGAGAUGAAUAUUUACUUCUUUUCCUUUCAGGAGGCCUCAGGUGACAGACUUUGUAAACCCUCGCCCAAGAGAAAACCGAAAGCUUGCUUUUAACUGAAGUCGGACUUGGAACCAGCCAGAGACCAGGAAGGAAGGAAGGCAGGAAGGCAAGGAUUGCCAGUUUAGAAAACUCUCAGCUGCCAGCGCAUAUUAGAGGUUGGAGAAAACACUACAGCGGAGUACAGAACGGAACUGGAUACACAUUACAACUAAGCAUGUACCAAAGCUUGGCUUUAGCACCCAACCAUGCUCAGUCCGCCUACACCCACGAUUCCAGCAGCUUCAUACAUCCAGCCGCCAGCUCCCCUGUCUACAUGCCAACUCCCCGGGUGCCUUCAAUGUUGCAAGCUAUACCAUACCUACAGAACUGUGAGUCUGCCCACCAGGGCCACCCCUUGGGCAGCCAUUCAGGAUGGGGACAAGCGGGUGGUGAAGGUUCGGCCUUUAAUCCCAGCAGUGGCAGCAGUGGUAGCCAUGGUCCGUCAUCGGGGUACUCGUACUGCCCAAGCCCCCCUAUAAGUGGCAGUCCGGGACGGGACGGUGGGUAUCAGAGUCCGCUUGUGCUUGGUAGUGGCGGCAGUGCCGGCAGGGAACAGUAUGGCAACACGCUGGUGCGUUCUCCGUACCCUAGUCCUUACCCGUCCUAUGUGAACCCUGCAGAAAUCCCAUCCGCAUGGAGUCCGGGACAUUUUGAAAGCACCAUGCUCCACAGCUUACAAACCCGACAGGCUACCUUACCCUGUACCAGAAGGCCCAGUCUUGAGUUCUUUGAAGACUUUUCGGGAGAAGGUCGUGAAUGUGUGAAUUGUGGAGCAAUGUCCACACCACUUUGGAGAAGAGAUGGGACUGGACACUAUCUCUGCAAUGCAUGUGGUCUCUAUCAUAAAAUGAAUGGCAUGAACCGUCCUCUCAUUAAACCACCAAAAAGACUGUCUUCCUCAAGACGUGCUGGUCUGUGUUGUACGAACUGUCACACAAGCACCACGACCCUUUGGAGACGGAAUGCUGAGGGUGAACCUGUUUGUAAUGCUUGCGGGUUAUAUAUGAAGCUACAUGGGGUACCUCGACCACUUGCUAUGAAGAAAGAAAGCAUUCAGACAAGGAAGCGAAAACCGAAAAAUUUACCUAAGGCAAAAAAUUCAACAGGGUCAGCAUCUGCAAACAGCUCACCAUCAUCCGUAGGAAACUUGGACAGUGUCCCCAAUGUAAAGAGUGAACCUGGGGUACUUGUACCUGCAUUCCCAGGGCAGACAGUCUUAUCAGUCUCCCAGGCCCAACGAGCAGGAGAUGAUUUGAGUAGCAGCCAUUCUGAGCACAAAUUUGUCCCAGAAGAUUACAGCUUCACAUCGUCUUCCAUGUCCCAACAGACAGGACUACCUGUUUCACUACGUCAGGACUCCUGGUGUGCCCUGGCUUUAGCAUGACAGCACUGCUAUAGUAAGCACGUACUAUGGACCAACCUUUAGAACUUUUCCAAGACACCAUGCAAAGACUGCUUAAGAGCUUUCUGGACCUACUGUGGAGAUUUCUUAAUAUAAAGAGAAGGCUGAUUUGCAUCCCUAUUGGCUUCCAAAGAGAAAUAUGAAACAGCAGUGUUUCUGGUUUGUAAUGGGAGCCAGUUCUGUUGCUCUCUUGUGACUCCGGUUAGCAAGACUGUAGUAAUUACUACAGCAGACAAUCUGGACCUGUUUGGUUCUACAGUGUUUCCCAAAACAUUGAAGAGAAGUAUAAAACUUUUGAGAGCAGGAAAAGAAAAAGCUAUUGGUUUUCUUACAUGGACUUUCACUUCAUUUGAAGGAAAGGAAAAUCUGUAUAUCUUGCACAAUGAUCUUUUUGUUUUUAAUACUUGAGUGCAAUUGUUGUGUUUGUCCUUCCCCAAAUGUAAAUGGUGCUGAUAAUAUUAAAUGUUUCUUCUUGUGAUUUAAGACCAGAUUUGUAUUGUAGUUAUUAUUACAAACCAUCUCUUAAUGUUCACAUACGUACUUUGACUUUUCAACUUCAUAUCCCUCAGAACAUUUAACUUGUUCAUCAUUAAAAUCUGUAUUACAGAAAGGGCACUGGAUCAAUUUGUUUAAGACUCAUGAUAUAUGUAAGAAAAGCAUUUCUUACAUAGUUUCUUUUAUUAGAAUAACUGCAUUUUUCUGUUUUUUUCUAAGUGUAGUAAUUUGUCAUGUAGAACAUUGAAUGCUGUUUUAUUUAAUUUUAAAAUGUGUAUGACUUGUGACUUGAAAUUGAUGAAUUUAAAGUUUGUAUAAUCCCUUUACAUGCUUAAUUUCAUGAAAAAUGUGUAAAGCAAUUCUGCCCCAUCCUAAAUAAAAUAACCCAUUCCAGCCAUCUAUCCUAAGGAGGAAAAUUAAGUCCCUUUUAGUUGUAUUUUUUUAAAUAAAAUGUGCAAGCAAUUUGUUGCAAGAUAA